UUUCGCGGGCAGGAUCAAAACCACACAAUUCAACCAGCGGGAGUUUUCAAGCAAAGCUACGCGGUGAUAACAUAUAAGUAAGAUAUUAAGUCGCCAUGCAGAGAGUCAGUCGUCUGAAGCGAGAGAUGCAGCUCCUCACCGCUGAACCUCCACCAGGAGUCUCGUGCUGGCAGACAGAGGGACGCCUGGAUGAACUACAAGCACAAAUUGUUGGAGGUGCAAACACUCCUUAUGAAGGUGGUGUGUUCAAACUGGAAAUCAACAUACCUGAGAGGUAUCCAUUUGAACCUCCAAAAAUGCGUUUCCUGACUCCCAUUUAUCACCCCAACAUUGAUAAUGCAGGACGCAUUUGUCUUGAUGCUCUGAAACUGCCACCAAAGGGAGCUUGGAGGCCCUCGCUCAACAUUUCAACAGUACUCACAUCCAUACAGCUAUUGAUGGCUGAACCAAACCCUGACGACCCUCUCAUGGCUGAUAUAUCCUCAGAAUUUAAAUACAACAAACCACUAUAUCUUGAAAAGGCAAAGAAAUGGACAGCUGAGCAUGCAAUUCAGAAGAACAAGGGUUGCGUGGAGACGGAUGGAAAGACUCCUGAGAAUAAAAAUCUGAAAACCUCACACAAGAGAGAAGCACUUAGUGCGCAGGAGAAUUUAGAGCACACCAAAAAAGUGUGCUUGUAGCAACCCUAUAUUUCACUAAUGACUGACACACACUUUUAAGUUGUUGUUUAUUGUAUUAAUUGUUUCUCUUUGACUUAAUUAUUUUUCUUGUUUAUAAUUGAUGUUGAUGUAAUAAAAUAUUUAAAAUGGCAAUUUAAAAUAUCAAUAAUUAGGUUGCAGGCUAAUUACCUGUUUUCUUCGGCUCAUAUAAUCCUUAAUCAGAAAAAAGUUUGGACUGUGGAAAAUGCAAAAAAAUAUAAAGCAAUGAUUUCUAAAUUUACUUAGACUUGUAUUUCAUUGUAAACAAUACAACAAACAUUCUUUAAUGUGUACCUUAUGAUUUUUUUUCUAAAAUAAAUACUUUCAUUUCAUUGUUGGUUCUUGCAACACAUUUAAAAAAUACAAGUUGGAAGAGUAAAGCGUUAAUCACUUUGUAGUGUUGCCAUUAAUUUUUACAACACUUAAAAGACGUUUAGGGACUAAAGACACCAAGUGAUAAGUGUAAUUUUGUCCCAAUUUUCCUCCAAACAAGUCUUAAAGUGGACAACAGCAUGGGGAUUUCGUUGUCACAUUUUGCACUUCGAAAUGCACCACACAUUCUCUAUUGGAGACAGGUCGGGACUGCAGACAGGCCAGUGAAGAACUUGUAUCCUUUUCAUCCGCUGCCAGGACUUUGCAGUGUGUGCAGAAUUUGGUUUUCCAUUGUCUUGUUGAAAUAUGCAUGGACAUCUCUUGAAAAGAAGACAACAUAUUGUGCUUUAAAUUCUCUAUGUACUUUUCAGCAUGUCAUAACUUUUCAUGGUGUAAUCACAAAAGUACUGACUAACCUCAUACCAUGACAGACCCUGGCUUUUGACUUUUCUGGUAACAGUCUGGAUGAUCCUUUUCUUCUUUGGUCUGGAGCACAUGGAGUCCAUUUCUUCCAUAAAUACAUGAAAUACUGAGUAAUCUUACCACAUUAUAGGUUUCCAUUGUGUGAUAGUCCAUCCCAGAUUCCUCUGAGCCCAGAGAAUUUGCUUCUGGAGACUGUUAACACAGGGCUUCCUUUUGGCACAGUACAGGUUUUAUUGGCAUUUGUGGAUGAAACUAUAAAUUGUGGUACUUAACAAAGGUUUGCCAAAGUAGUCUUUAGUCCACAUGGUUAUAUUGUUUAAAGAUGAAUGCCGAUUCUUGGAGCAGUGGCGCCUGAGGAAUCUGAUAUCAUUGUAGUUCAGCUUAGGCUUGCGCCCUUAUCCUUUACGCACUGAAAUUCCUUUAUAUUCCAUGCUUCUUUUAACUGUUAUGCAGCCUUGAAUGUGAAAUAUCCAAAUCUUUCUUUGAGGAACAUUGUUUUUAAACAUUUCAAUAUUUUUUCCCCAUGUAUUUGUUGGCAAACUGGCAAUCUUUGGUCCAUCUUUGCUCCUAGAGGACUAUUGUACUAUCCUAAAGGACCUUUCUUGGAUGCUGCUUUUGUUCCAAAUCACCUGUUUGACAAUCACCUGUUGACAUCUUCUCUUUUAAAUAACAUCAUUAUUUAAUCAUUUUACCUGAUUACCAGCCUUAACUUGUUCCUGUCCCAACUUUUUUUUAGAAUGUGUUGCAGGUCUGAAUGACAGAAAAGAAUGUAUGUUUACAAAUAAAAUGAAAUUGACCAGACAAAACAUGAA